GAAUUUACGAAAAUGAAUUAUUUAUAUACAUUGACACACCUGGUUUUUCCGAUACUGAAGGAAUGGAUGAUGAUGAAGUUUUUAGUGAUAUACUUUCUUUAAUGCAAGAAUAUUCUACUAAUAACAAAUUUAAAAUUGAUGUUAUUUUAUGGUUUUGCUUUGAAAGUCGUAGAUGUAAUCAACAACUUCAACGUGGUGCUAAAUUUAUUCAAAAACUUUCCGAUUACUCGGAUCUUGUAAAUAAAGAUUUAAACAUUUGGAAAAAUGUCAUGAUUGUUAUUCAAGGCUCGGCUUUAGAUGAAUCUACUGUUGAAGGACCUCAAGCAGCUGCUCGUCUUGUAUGGGAAUCUUAUGCUAAAGAAAAAAAUCUUUCAUUUAAUGAUGAUUUUAAAGUUCGUUAUUUCCCUUGUUUCGUUUAUGAUUUUCAAGAUGUACCUUCACCUUAUUAUAAGAAUAUGUCACCAACUCAACGUCAAGACUUAAAUGUUUAUUCUAAAUCUGAAAUUAUGCGAAAGAUGCAACAACUUGUGAGCGAAAUCUCUUUAAACUUUAAUAGUUUUAAUAUUUGUUUGAUUCGAGCACAAUGUUCUCGAUGUGAUCAAAAAGGAGAUCCUCGACUUUUUAAAAAUAGAUGUCAUCUUGAUUUAAGACACAAACUUUCUACAAAACUUGUUCAUACUAAUGUUAUGGAAGGAUAUCAUACUGGACCUGUAAUUUGUGUUCAUUCAGAUAAAUUUCAUCAAGAUCAAACAAAAGUUAAUUUUUCUAUGGCUACAGGUGGUGCUAUAGGUGGUGCUAUAGGUGGUGCAGUAGGUAGUAUUCUUGCUUUGGCUGGUCAAAAAAACGCAGCUUCUAGUGGUGUUAUUGGAUCAAUGACCGGAAUUGUAGGUGCUACUACUGGAAAAAUUGUAGGGGAGUUAAUUACCGCUUAUGAAUGUUCAGAAUGCGGUCAAGAUUGGACAAAACCUGGUUGUAUUAGGAAAUGUAGUAAUUGUGAUAAAUUGUGGGAUAGUUCUGCUAAUAAUUGUGGGAAAAGAUAUUCAUGUUGCAAAAAAUCUGAAGAUGAUUUUGGUUGCACUUUGAUAACAUACUGUGAAUCUGAUAAUUGUAAUACAAAUUUACCUGGUUGUAUUUGUAUUUCUUGUAAUCAAUCUAGAG